GGAUGUACCUGUAGCUGAGUCUAGAUUUUGUUUCAGACAUCCCGUUUCUGUGUACCGUGCAACUUGAUUGAGAAAAAUGCCUAAUAAAAACUGCAGUUCUUGUAAAAAAUAUUGGAUCAUCAUUUUGUUUCUCACCGUAACGAGAUUCAUAAGUAAUGGCUUCGAAAUAUGGAUCUUGGAGUCGAUCAGCCAUAUUCCGAAGCCAAAGAUUACGGACGGCUAUACUUCAUACGUGUUUCAACUGAUCGACAUGAUUUGUACCUACUACGCCCUGCCGUUCGAUAUCAUCUUGGGGUUCACACUUUCCGCGAUUGUUUAUAAGCCACGCAUGUGCAUAAUAGACAGAUAUAUGCCGCUCGAAUUGGAGAUAAUCGUUAUAAAAAUAAUAAAACUUAUCAACAACACUGUUGGGCACAAGUGGUCGGUGAUAAUGGGACACGAAGAUGUACUCUUCAAUACCGUUGACGUCCCUUGGACUUUGACAUGCGUUUUGCUACAGAUCAUCAGCUACCAAGCAAUGCUGUUAUACACCAUAUCAAGGAAAGAACACAAAAUAAUAAAUUCGUAUCCAAUCAAAAGCAGCGGCGAGAAAAUAAAAAUUGUUCCAGUUGCAAUCAGGAUUGAGUAGACGUGCACAUAUGAUGACAUUAUGGACGAAAGGGUACUUCUUAAACUAAGUCAAUUCUUUUAUAAAUCCUGAACGUAUUAUUAGUUUGAAAUCGACCUGUUGGGUCAGUAACAUUAAAGAAAAUGUCAUUCUGUCAUUCUCCUUCCAAGUUCAUCCUAUUCCACCUUAUUUUGAAAAAGAAUGAGCAAAUAUGUAAUUGACAAUAGCAACUAUUUUUCACAUAAUUCAUUUAAAACUGAAAUAAAAUCCAGGUACAUCAAAUCACAUCUGUAAUUAAAUUAUUUUUUUUUUACUAAAUAAUUUCGAAAAAGCGCCACUCCUCGGUCUGCGGUCACCACUAGUAACGAGAAAAACUGAUUUUAAAUUUACUUGAAUUUGUGUGUUUCCCGUUAUUAUUAUGUACAAUAUACAUUAUAACUACCCCAUAAAUUAUAUUGGAGAAUAUUGUUUAUGGAAAAGUAGAUACGAGAGAUAUAUUUAUAUUUAAAAAAUAUUUAACAAUAACUUAGAAUAAUGAGCAAAAAUCUCUAACUAGCACGCACCCAGUGCCAUUAACUUAAAAAAAGUUUGACACUAAUUAAUACAUCCGUCGUAAUAUCGGUUUUUAUCCUAAGAUGGAAAAAAAUAUAUGAAUUAUUCAGGAAGUACGUCAAACAGACGUCAACUUCCUGAGCGGGCCUUUCGAAACUUAAUUUUAAUCUUAAUUUUUUUUCUCAACAACUGCUGGUUAAUAAAAUACAAAACAUAAGUGAAUAUGCUGACAAAACAUGUGUCUAAAAGGUGAAAUUUUAUAAAGAGAAUGUUGAAAAAAUGUGCUAUUGUCAAUUAUAUUUAUUAUUUACAUGUUGAAUAUUUUUAUAGACAUCUUAGAAUCAUGUGCGCGAAAAUUUUAGCCAUUUAUUUUUAUACAAAUUUACAACUAAAAAUAAUAUUCCUAACUCAUCUAGUCAGCUCUAGAGAGUCAUGCCCUGCAGUUUGGGCAACUUUUUAUGGCUAAAUUUAUUCUUUUGCGUUAGCAUCUGCCAACCUUAUGUUUGGAUAUUUUUAAAGAAUUACGUUUUACCAUUCAAUUAGAUAAUUUAUUCAAUGUUACAUGGACGUACCAAGACUUGUUUUUAUUGGUAAUUGACUUCCCUAUAUUUCUUGACAGAGUAAGUCGAAGCCACCCUGUCGACGUCCAUGGUUUAAAUAUGUAAUCGAGAGAAGUACUGUAACUUCAAACAUUCAGGAAGUUACAACAAUAUCAAUGUAUUCUUGGAAAUAAGAUUUUAUUAUGCGAUGGCCAUGAAGUUUCUUGCCAUUUCUUCUUUAUGGACCGCAUUUUCCGAAAUGGCAGUAGAGAUAUUAAUGUUUAGCAUUCCCCCCAUAGUUCCUUUUCCCUACUUCUGUUCCCUACGACACGAAUGGGCACAACUUGCAAUUUGUCUUUUACAUUUAAUCUGACGAGACGGGUAUGUACCACAGCCUUAUGUAUUUCUUACCGCACAGUGGCAUUACUGUGUUCCAGUUUGUAAACAGGCGCAAUCGAAUGCACAAUUUGUAAGGCGUUUCUUCACACCAGGAACAUUGUAGCAACUGUACUACAAUAAAUUCGAAUAUAUAAGGAGUAUUGAUGCCACCUAUGGGAUGGAACUCCUAAAUACCUACUGACCACCUUGGAUUCCACUGAGAGACGAGCCAUGAAGCUUAUCGGUGACUCGGAUUGGAGAGGCGAAGCUGCAGGGCCUUGAACACUACCGGAAAAUUGUUUGCUUAUCAAUAUUCUACAGGAUGUUAUAUCACGCAGUGUGCGACGAAUUUACAUGAAACCAUUCCGCCAUAUCCUUUCUAUCAUCGAGGUACUAGAUGCAGGCAGGAGUUCCACCUCUAUGUUGUGGAUAUACCCACGAUUCGCACGAGGUGUUACGCUUCCACGUUUAUAUGGACGGUAUUGAAGUGGAAUUCCCUGCCUGCCGACUCGUCCCCUGAACGCUAUUGCUUGGGCCUUUGUAAGGCAAAAGUGAACAGGCAUUAUACGUAUAUGUGUGCAUGCUCUAAUUGCUUUACCGUUGGCCUCAUCGUCAUUUUCCAUCAACUGAGAUAGAGGUCAAAUGUGCACUUUAUCUAUAUUUUGACGCGGUGAAACUGUCAUGAUAUCGCAAAUAUCUAUAGAAUGCAGUGCCCUAUUUCCACCAGGUCGUUUUAAUUCUUAAACUACCUUUGGACACGGGCCUCCGCUAAGGAAAGGGAAACUUCCCACGUCAAAGAUUUAUGAGGAUCGUCUCCGGCGUUUACAUUCAGCAUUAGAGCAAACCACCGUGCGUAUUAAUAACAUAAAAAUAAUGAAAUGCCAUAUCGAAGUUAAUCAUCAUUGUGAGUUCCGCUCGAUCGUCUCGAAGGGGACGUAAUAUUAUUAUAUGAUAAGACUCAAGGUGGAUAACACAUGUGCGCGGUUACCGCUGCUACAAAAACUUUAAAAAAUUAAAACUGCGUAACGUGCGUAUUCACACAAACUCGUUGAAAAUUAACACCUAGCAGCUGCCGGUUUUUGCUUGUGUUAUCCGCCUAAAAUCUAUGUCUCGGCGACAACAUAUUUACUAUAUCAGGUAGACAGUCUCUAUUUACUCAUAAUAAUAUAUAUGUGUGUGUAGCGUAAUACGUCAUGUUCGUAGCGAAGUUUAUUCCAAUAUGUAUUAGGCAACGUAGAGAUGAUUAAAAUGAAUAAAUAUAUC